AUGGAGCGGGCGCAGCUGGGACCAGCUGGAUCCAGCAAAUUGCUAAAUCCCAGACCGUCGCUUCGACGCGUGCGGAGGCAGAUAUUUAAGGUGGGAGGUGAGGCGCUUUCGCUGGUAACUAAGGGGCAUAAGACUGACAGCCGUGGAAAGCCGCAGCCCAGACAAGAUGCUGGAGAACACUCUGCCACAACCAGGAGGGAAGGCAGCAUGUUGGAACCCAAGCAGGGCGGUGUGAAAGGCCGGACUGGUCACAAGAGUCAGAUGCACUCCCAGGCUGCCUCUGAUUCGGUGCGGAAUACAAGCACGAAAACCUCUAGCACGGUCGAGGAUGACGCAGAAGACUUGCUUGCCUGCAAGCUGUCAAGGAUGACCCCCUUUACAUCUCCAUCUAUGAUGCUACCUGCCGAUGCUGAGUUUAGCAUUGCCGACGUCGAGAAGGCAGUCGACGUCCUCACCACCAUAUCUAACCUUUGCGACGCCAUCUCUGGACAACCUAAGGCGGAGACGCGAGCCAAGUUGCAUGACCAGCUUGCCAAACUGCCCGACCUCUUGACCCGUCAGGGCCGGGGCAAGCAGCCCAAGAUGGCAGCGCGCUUCCGGGAGUUUGUAUACCGUCACCCUGACUCUGGGAGGUGGGGGCCGAUUGAGAGCUUUGAUAAGUUGGGCGAUGAUAUCAUGGGAUUGACGCUGUUUCGGGCGCGAUCUAGGGCCUCACCGAAGCAGAGACACCCGGGCGUAUUUGAAGUAUGA